AUGAAAUUCGGUUAUUUUAUAAUAAAUUUAUUAUUUAUUUUUACACUUCAAAAACAUUUAGUAAUUAUUCAUGCCCAAGAACAAUUAGCAAGAUUAUGGAAUAUACCAGUUCAUCUAAUACCAAGGUACUUAGAGAGAGAAUUGCAUUUAAACAAUGUGAAUAAAAUAUUAGAACUAUACCUAGACGAUUCAAAUUUCGCUGGAACUUAUAUAGAUGUAAAAAGUAAUUCAGUAAUAAUUUAUACAGUAAAUAUGACUAAGAAGCACGAUAUAACUUCUAAACCCAAUAUAAGAGAAUAUGAAAGGUUUUUGGACUUUAGAAAAGUAAACAAAUCAUUAGCUUAUUUAAAAUCCUCGUUUAAAGAAUUAGAUAGAAUGGCUAAACAGAAUAGACCAAGAGGUAUAUAUACUAGCAUUCAUCCAAGAUUUAAUAAAAUCAUUGUAAUUGUAUCAUUGCCACCCGAUCAACGUAUUCAAGCUUUUAUAGGGGCUGCUAGGCAAUAUGAUGCGGAUAUAUAUUUUGACCUUAGUCCAACAAUUACUUCAACACAUACUAAAAGGGGUGCAGUCACAAGCAAAAUAAGUUCUAUAUUAUUAUCUGGUGAUGGUAUUGGGAAUAAAUUCGAUGGCUCUUUUUGUUCUGCGGGUUUUUGGGCAAGAAGUAAAAAUCAAACAUUACUUGUAACUGCAGGACAUUGCAAUGGGAAACGGUUUAGUAGAUCUAUGAAAAAAUUUUUCACCUUAGAUACUAAAAAUUUAAUUGGUAAAAUGAUACAUUCUUCUAUAGCUCCACACGACAUUGGUUUAAUUGAUAUAAAGAAAAUGAGUGAAUACCUUCGACCAUCAACGAAUAUAAAGAAUGAUAAAAAUGCUUCAUAUCUUGAAUUAUUUGUAACUGAUGGUGUUCCCAUAUUUAGCCAUGGUGCACAUUUAUGCAGGUCCGGUAUCAGUUCAUUGGUUUCUUGUGGUUACGUAGAUGCGUUUAAUGGGAUUUAUGUAAAUAAAGAUGAAAACUACCAGUCGGACUUGACAUUUGUAGAUAAAAUGUCAUGCACCGGUGGUGAUAGUGGAGGCCCCGCAUUUUCUUUUUCUGAUUUUUUGGACUUCAGUUUGGUAAAUAUAAAUGGUAUAGUAAUAGUAGGUGCAGAUAAUGCAACUUCUCCUCUUUACCCUUUUACUAUAGUACUACCUCGAGAAAUAAUUCUUAAUAGUUCUAGAUUAGAUUUUAUUACUGAAUUUUAA